AUGUCCCUGUUACUCGAGGCAGUGACAGGGUACGGACAGCCACCUUUAUUCUGGGCACUUGAGAAGGGCCAGGAAGAGGUGUGCAAAUACAUACUUGAUCAUCACGGAUCGACAUUUUCAAACGACGAAAGGGAGUCACUUCCUUCGAAAGCCAAAAAGAUUCUUCUCGAUGCUGCAAAAAACGGAUAUGAGACAAUUUUGAAGUGCAUACUCGACAAUGGAAAAGUCGAUCCAAAUGUUCAAGAUGAAGAAGGGCAAACAGCUCUCAUUUGGGCUGCGAAGAAUGGACAUGAAGCGAUCAUCAAAUUCAUGCUCAAGAUAGACGGGGUCAAUCCGGACUUACCAGACAUUAGGCAGUGGACACCUUUGUCGUGGGCAGCUUGUCAGGGACAUUCGAAUAUCGUUCAGAUACUGUUGGACUGCCCAGGAGUUGACCCAGACUCGACCGACAAAAAUGGUCGGACGCCCCUCUCAUGGGCAGCAUCGAAGGCUCAUACAUCAGUGGUUCAGACCCUCCUUGCUGAUGAAAGAGUUGAUGCGAAUUACAUGGAUACCUAUUCUUCAACGCCAUUGUUCUGGGCGAUCAAUAAAGAGAACGAAGAGUCUGCAGGCGUCUUGCUUCAGCGUGUUCAAGACUUCAAUGCAAUAGACACAAAUUCACGAAAUCUGCUGUCUUACGCUGCAGAGAAGGGACUAGAGACUAUCGUCAGGCAACUUCUUAAUUGUGUGCGAGAUACUAAUGCACAAGAUGACAAAGGUCGGACCCCACUGUCUUAUGCAGCUGAGAAAGGCCAUCUUAGCAUUUCUGAGCUGCUGCUUGAGAAAGCCGAUUUCGAUAAAAGGGAUUCUCAAGGUCUUACGCCUCUCGCAUAUGCUUCCAUUGGGGGCCACGAGGCUGUAGUCCAGUUACUACUCCAGAAUGCUGACCCAAAAAUAACGGACAAUGGAGGCUCGACAGCUUUCAUGCAUGCUGCUGGGAGAGGACACGUGGCUGUGGUCCAAUUACUACUCGAAAAGGUCGAUCCAGAUUCAAAAGAUCAUAGAGGUUGGACAGCUCUGAUGCAUGCCUCUCGCAAUGGGCAUGUGGCUGUGGUCCAAUUACUCCUUGAGAGCGGCAGAGUUGACCCUACCUGGACAGCUCCUUACAACUGGACAGCACUACGGUGUGCACGACUUGAGCAGCAUCGAUCUAUUGUUGACUUAUUAAAUCAGUAUUUAUGA